AUGGCAAAAAGAUUUGCGAUUGAGACGGUUGACAGAACAUUGAGGGAUGUAAUGGGUGACAAAAGAUUUUUUGGUGGAAAAGUAGUCGUGUUUGGAGGUGAUUUUCGUCAAGUUCUACCAGUUGUUCCACGGGGCACUAGAGCAGAAACAAUCAAUGCAAGUCUUAUGAAAUCAUAUCUCUGGGAAAAAAUGGAGAAAUUAUCUCUCACUAUUAAUAUGAGAGUAAGAACUGAUCAAGUAUUUGGAGAGUUCUUAUUGCGCGUUGGGAAUGGAGAGGAACCCACAAUAGAUGAGAAUUUGAUACUUCUUCCACAUGAAAUGGUAGUAGAAUAUGACAAUGAUGAAAACUCUGAAAAAAAUUUGAUUGAUGCUAUCUUUCCAUCAUUACAAUCAAAUUCGUCAUCUGCUGAAUACAUGACACAACGUGCUAUUCUUUCAACAAGGAAUGAGUAUGUUGAUGGACUUAAUGAAAAAUUAAUUGCAUUAUUUCCUGGUGAAGCUAGAACAUUCUUUAGCUUUGAUGAAGCAGUAGAUGACACAAAUAAUUAUUACCAAGAAGAGUUCUUGAACACCUUAAUGCCGAAUGGACUCCCGCCUCACAAAUUGAUUCUUAAAAGAAAUUGUUCGAUCAUGCUGUUACGUAAUCUUGAUCCAUCUAAUGGAAUGUGCAAUGACACACGAAUGAUCUGUAGAGGAUAUGAACAUAAUGUUAUCCAUGCUGAAAUCACAAUUGGUCAACAUUCUGCCAGAAGUAUUAUUGCCUCAAAGGUCAUGGACUCUAGCUAUUAUAGAUCAAAUUGCCUUGCUGCAGUCCGAUUCCCUAUGGCUCUCUACAGUUUGACAAAGAUGCAUCUUUUGAAGUUGAUUAAUCCUGCUAAAAUUGAGCUCCUUUCUGUCUAUUUAUAUCAAACUUAA